AUGGCUGAAGAAGUCUCUGCAAAACCCAAGUCUUCCUAUAGCAGCUAUACUGCUUUCUUCUUUUUAGUCAAUUAUAUCCUUGGUACUGGAUUUCUUGGCAUCCCGUAUGUUAUGUACCACAGUGGGAUAAUUUCUUGCACAUUUACGUUGAUGGUAAUAACCGUCUUUAACUGCUUCGGAGCUCUGUGGAUAAUUGAAAGUAUGGCUAGAGCUUAUGCACUCGAAAAGCACUCUGAAGAAGAUUCAAGUAGAAGAUUAAUCGAUGAUGAAAAACCGAAUUAUUCUACAAUCGAUUCGAAAUUAUCAAACGACGUUAGAAGUUUAAGUUUCUUAUCAAGAAGAAAGUUCGAAAUAACUGAGCUAUGCGGCUGCUUUUUUGGAAAGAAUGUAAAGUUACUAUGCUUACUCAUCGUCUACGUACAAAUUACCUUAGCAUCAUGGUCUUUCACCACAGUUGCUGCUAGUACAUGGUCUUCAAAUAUCCCUUUCGGUAAUACUACCACUCUACGUCAGUGUACACCGGAAGAUUUCGCAGAUAAUGUAAUUCCAACAGAAUUGGGAUGUUUAAAUAGCUAUCGAUUAUGUGUUGGCAUUUAUGGUGUUUUGGUAAUAAUAUUGAGCUGCUUAGAAUUAACCGAACAGAAAAUUAUCCAGAUAAUAAUGGGACUUUUAAGAUUUUUUGUAGUAACUUUCAUGUGUAUCAAUUCUCUAUAUGCAUACGCUGUAGCUCAUGGCAAUAGUCAUUCAGUUGGCAACUCGGUAGAUAUUGGUCAAAUGAACAAUCUUCCAGACUAUAACACAACGUUAAGUAAUGCAAAUCCAGUUUUUUAUAGCUUUGAAGGUUGGCUACAGGCUAUACCAAUAUUUGUUUAUGCUGAACUAAUGCAUUUAGGAUUACCAUCUAUGCUUGAGCCAGUAGCCGAUAAAAGAAAUUUACACCGUCUCAUAGUUGGCGUUUUUUGCAUAAUGGGUUUCAUUUAUAUAUUUAUCGGUAUUACAAUAUCAAUCCGAUUCCAAGGAAGUGUAGCUCAAAUUGCAACAUUAAAUUGGAUUCAAUUUAGCAAAGAAGGAAAUCCUACUUCACUUCGAGUAAUGUCUUAUAUUGUUAUUUUCUUCCCAUCUCUUGACGUCUUAUCUGCCUUUCCUUUAAGUGCAAUAGCACUGUCAAAUAAUAUUUACGCUGCUUUAACUGGCUACGACACAACAGAAUUGGAAGCAGUUUCUCAUUCACGAAUGAAGCAAAUUGUACUUCGACUAUUUGUAAGCGUUGUACCGAUAACAUGUGCAUUCUUUGUUGAAAGUUUAGUCACAAUUCUACGCUGGGCCGGUCUCCUUGGUUUCUUCGUUUGCUACUUCAUGCCUAUUGGACUUCAGUUUUUUUCUCGUCGUAUGUAUAGGCUUAAAUUUGUCGAUAACUGGAGUGCCCGUUAUCAGGCAAGUACGGAAGAAGUUGUUGAAGAAAAUCAAGUAGAACACACUAACUUAGUGUACAAUAAGCCUAUGGAUACGCCCUACUCGUCAUGGUUUAGUGGAAAGAAAACUCUUUUCGUCACUUUAAUAUAUGCUUUAACGGCUUUUGGUUUCACUAUUGCCGGUAUCGUGAUGUCAUCAGGUGGUUCUAGCCACGCCAAUAGAACUCAUCUAGAUAUGACGGAUAUUGACUAUGGCUAUUAG